AUGGCCCGUAAAGCGAAGCACCGCAUCUCAUAUGUGCUUCCACUCCCGAACUCGGCUGCUGGAGGCCACCGGCUCGGCGUGAAUGGACUGGCCGUAGACAGCGCCAAAUCACUGCUAUACUCUGGAGGUCGCRAUGGAGUCAUAUGCGCCUGGGAUCUGAAUCGAGAUCUCCAACAUUCUGUGACCUCCGACCAUGACGCGAAGCUUCCCGCCGCGACGGCUACGACAUAUCGGCAGCAGGUGCAAGCACAUACACAUUGGAUCAACGAUAUCGCCCUGGCGCAAAACAAUCAAGUGCUCGUCUCGGCAUCUUCGGAUGUCACCGUCAAAGUAUGGCGACCAUCAGCGACAGACGGGCAGCCCCCUCAAACCAUUGGCGUGCACAACGAUUAUGUCAAAACGCUCGCUGUGCCGAACACGACAUGUGACUGGGUAGCCAGUGGUGGACUGGAUCGUAAAAUCAAUCUGUGGGAUUUGAGUGGUGCUGGACAAAAGCUGAGCAUUGACGGCGGUGAUGAGGAAGCAGCAACGAUGCAGAUGCGGGAAAAGGGCAGUGUGUAUGCGCUGGCAGCUACCGACUCCCUUUUAGCAAGUGGUGGACCCGAGAAGACUGUUCGAGUGUGGGACUGUCGAAGUGGUCGGCGCAUAACGAAGCUUGUGGGUCAUACAGAUAAUGUGAGAGACAUAUUGGUCAGUCAGGACGGGACGACCAUUGUGACUGCAAGCAGUGACCAGACUGUAAAGGUUUGGAGCACUAUUGCGGGACGAUGCAUGUACACCCUGACCAUGCACGAUGCCAGCGUUUGGUCACUGUUCUCCACAGAUCCUGAUUUGUCUGUGGUCUACUCCAGCGACAAGAAUGGAUUGGUGGCCAAGACCGAUACGAGGAAUACUAUAGAACUUGACGAAGGGCUUUCAGUGGCCAUCUGUCAGGAGCAUGAGGGGGUGCAUAAAGUGGUUGCUGCUGGAGAUUGCAUAUGGACAGCGACCAGCAGACCCAGUAUAAAUCGCUGGCGUGAUGUCAACACUGACAAUGCCGAGAUUGACAUUCCGGAAGACUACAAUACCCGCAGACGUAGCYCUGCGAAGAUGAGGCUCCCAAGUGCGACCAGUCAGAACGAGCAUCCGCAAGCUCCUCCAAUCAUUGCGACAGGCGCGGGCGGGAAACGAAAGAUUCCCCUCAAGCACAUGCUUCGUCUAAGCAAUACUGCAUGGUUUCCGACCCCAAUCUUGUCCGAAACGGAAUCAAGUCCCCCAAGUGCUCGACGGGGACCUUUGGAGAGUUUGCCUCUCGACGCAUCCAUCAUCUGUCCGGUUCGAGAUGAGCCCGAUUACUCUAUUGAAGGCCAGAACGGUCUCAUCAAGCACGUAAUGCUGAACGACCGGAAACGAGUUCUGACAAUCGACACUGCGGGCGAAGUUGUAAUGUGGGAUCUACUCAAAUGCGUGCCAAUUCGUUCGUAUGGAAAACGACAUUUGGAAGACGUCAAGGACGAAGUCACGACGGCUAGCACUGUCUCGAAUUGGUGUACAGUUGACACGAGGACUGGAAGUGUUACUGUCACCCUCGAGGAGAAUACGUGUUUCGACGCCGAGAUGUACGCGGAUGAGUUGGAGCUCGAAGAGAACAUUGAAUUUCGAGAAGACCAGCGCAUCAACCUUGGAAGAUGGGUACUUCGCUAUUUAUUUGACAAUCUCAUUUCGGAGGAGAUUCGCCGAGACGAAGACUUUCGAAAGAAGCUACUCGAUACGCACGAAAGACAGACGUUCCAGCGGGAGAAUGCGCCUUCAAGCAUAGAAAUGCCCAGAUCACAGAUGAAUGGAUGGCAUGCGAACUCCUCGGCCGGGCAAUCGACCACAACACUCAUUCCAGGCGUCAACGGAACAGCAAGAGUACCCGCAACCCCAGGUCUAAACAUCGGUCUAGCAACGCCGGGCAUCUCAAGCCCAAGGAUGACACCUGCAACUGUGGGCUCGCCAGGAGAAGAUGGUGCUGCAUUGGAGCAAACGAUUUCGUCGCAGUCGCAGCGACAGACGGGCGGKCAGAUUGCCGAUUACUUCUCCACGCCUCGUGUACCAAGCGCGGAUCUCACCACCCCAGCAGGCACAUCGCAGGCUGCAACGACACCGGGAGAGGUCCAAGAACCGCAAACGCCUACAACUGAGGGCCCGCCAAAGGAAGCAAACACCCCUGGCAAGGAGGGACUUUUCGGUAAGAAGUUCCGCAUGGGUAUGUCCUUUAGCGGAAUGAAGAAGAUUGGUCGCACUCAGACAAACGACAAGCCCGCCAUUACCGAGGAGAAGGAGAUUCAUGAAACCGAGAGCGACUCACGCUCGAGCAAGACGAGCAACAGUCGCGUCGUGGAGGACACACUCCUUGGCACGGUCCGGAAGAUCCGCAUGGCCUACGAAGAAUCACUCCAAGAGCAGACUCAACAACAGCAAGCGCAUGAAAACGGCCUUCCAGUGGAAGCAAAAGCAGUGGAACUCCCAAGUGCCAUCACUCCCUCAUUACCAGCCGACACCCCAGUUUUGAGACCACCUCUCAACACCACGAUCAUCAUCCAAGAAGAUCGUCCCGAAGCAGGCGGAGUCGCAGAUCUAUUCGAAGGUACCGUCGGCCAACUGGCAGAAAUGUGCGAUCUUGUGGAGAAAGCAGCACCAAUGUGGUUGGGAGACGUAUUGCUCAAAAACCAUAUCGUGUCGAAGGACGUCGUGAAGAUCUCCUUUCUUCUGGAGCCUUGGGGGAAUGUUCUCCCGAGUAUCGCGUCCGAGGGGAAUAACCGAUUGAAUGCGAAUCGUAUGCUGAGGGCAAAGAAAAUUAUGGCGUAUGUGGCGGAACGCAUUGAACCUGGGGCGAAAGAGAAGGAAGAGGGCGCGCUGAGGGUGGAAGAGUAUCUCGAGUUGUGGUGUCAGAAUCAGCGCGUUCCUCCAAACAUGACUCUUGCCUCAAUCCGGUCACAUAUUUGGAGAGGAGGUGGAGAUGUGGUGUUGUACUACAAGGCGAAUGGGAGGAAAGCCAUUCCUCAUGCAGUGCAGAGCACGCCGGGGUCAGCGCCUCCUUCGGCACCGCCCUCGACUGCGAGCGAAGAGGUAUAA